UGCGGUGGGGCUGUAUCGUAUUACAAUUAAAUCUGUGUCAUUAGUCGUUUAACCCUUUCGUUACGGCAGUUCGCUCUGCAUAUUAGCCACUGAAAGCUUGAAGGAGUCAUCGCGUGGAUGCCGGCUACAGCCGGCGCUCGUAACGAAGGGGUUGAUGAAGACAAUUUACUGAAGAAAGAAUUAUUGGGCAUUCAAAUCAAAUUAAUGCUCUGACGCAGGUCGCCUUGUAUAGCGGCUCAAUAGGGCGGCAAGGUAAUCCAUCGCCUUGGUCGAUAACACCCUAUUUCGGGAAACCUAUCACGCAGGACAUGAGUUUCUUCCAGAGAUUAUUGAACGCCGCCUGCCUCGUUACCCUCCAGAUCAUGCAUUGGAUCAUGACCACCGGCUACAUCCAACCAAUUCUACGAAGAUACCUGGGGGAACAGUUGCCCGACGUACGUGACCUAACUGCCGAGGUGCCACUAACGUUACAGAACAGUCACUACAGCGUCGCCGAUUCCCUGCCUUACCUGGCGAACGUCGUCAACGUCGCCUGCCUCCAUUGCAAUCCUGCCAUCCAGCUUAGCACCGACUUGGAGAACUUCUUGCAAAGAGGUGCGUCGGCUCACCGAUAAUCUUGUUGCUGCGGUGUUUAUUCACGUUUCCCCGGUGAGAUCGAACAGCGAACUGUUAGAUCUACGGAGGU